AUGAAGGCUUCACUGCAGUGUCUCCUCGUGUUAGGACUUGGGGCUAGCAGCGCCCUUGCGGCCUCCUCCAACACGCCUCCCAAAAUCACGCCUAAGUCGCAACAGAAUGAGGCCAAUUACACGGCGCCAUACUUCCCAUUGCUCGGUUUCGAGCAGUAUGCGAACAACCCCAUCAUGAGACCUGAUCCCGACCACUCAUGGGAGUCUUCAUACCUCUACAACCCGAGCGCCAUCGUUCUUGAUGACAUGGUCUUCCUGCUCUAUCGGGCUCAGGACAAGCAGAAGACUUCGAGCAUUGGCCUCGCCUGGUCAAGCGAUGGAUACAAUUUCACCCGUUACGAUCAGCCAAUCGUUUAUCCCACAGAGCCGUACGAAAAAACAGGUGGCUGUGAGGAUCCGCGCGUCGUGCGUAUCGACGGAACCUUCUAUUUAACCUACACGGCCUACGAUGGCACAACCGCCCGUCUUUGCCUUGCGACUUCAACCGAUCUGGUCCACUGGAAGAAAUUCGGUCCCAUCCUGCCUACCUUCACGGAAACCGUCUACAAUUGGCGCGAUCCCGUCACCUAUUUCGCUCCCAACCCCAUUGGCUGGACCAAGAGUGGUGCUAUCAUCGAUGAGCGCCAGCCUGAUGGGUACUACUAUAUGCAAUUCGGAGACACUUAUCUUUACACUGCGAACUCGACGGACUUGAUCCAUUGGGAGGUCUCGGGCAACGGCCAGCCGUUUGCUCCACUGAUGAAUGUGUGGGAGCAGGCAUUGACUGAGAGUGGGCCGCCUCCGAUCAAGACGAGAGAUGGCAUGUGGCUGAAGGUCUACAACGGUAUGGCCACCGGUGGUGUUGGCGGUUAUGCUAUUGGCCAAUACAGCACCGGACAGAUGCUCAUUGAUCCGGCCAACUCCCCUCUGGGACCUCCCGUUGCGCGCCUCGAGACCCCCAUCUUGCAGCCGACGACAGCCACAGAAAUCACUGGACAGGUGGAUAAUGUUGUGUUCAGCGAGGGAUUAGUGCAGUUCAAGGGCAAGUGGCUACUUUACUUUGGAGCGGGUGAUGCAUUCCUGUCGGUUGCGCAGACUCCUGUGCAGCCUUGA